AUGCUGCCAACAGCUCCACCACUACCCAAUUAUCUGUUGAAUUCCUACUCUGUAAAUACUCAAGUACAACCUUGUCGACUUUAUAAAAAAGAUGAUCCUGAAUAUGGUCGACCACCAAAAGGUAGUCGUACAGAACAACGAGGUCUAGCUGCUCAAGCUCAUAUUCAACAAGAAGUUAAAUAUUUAUGCGAAACCAUAAAAAACUUGGGACAAAAAACAGAUGACUCAUCGACAACAUCGAAGUAUGAAAUCACAUUUAAACAACUCUUCGAUUUCUAUGUAAAUAUUUCAAAUAAACUCGUCGGUAUUCUUCUUCGAGCACGAAAACAUGGCUAUAUUCAUUUUCCUGAUGAAUGCGAAAUAUUAUUUCAAGGGAAUCAUGAUCAUGUUAAAAUUACACUUCUUUGUAUGCCAUCAGAUUAG